CCACGUGAAGGAGGGCAGAAGGGCGGGGCGGAGGAAUCUGGAAUCCUGGCCGGGCUGGGUGGCCGGGAUGCUUGGAGAUUAACAGGGAAAACCCGCCUGACAGCAAGCCAGAGUGGAAGGAGUUGUCCUCGGUGUCACAUCUCAGCUCCGCAGGCUGCCAUGGGCAUCCCCAAGACCUUCCUGCUCAGCCUCCUCGGCAUCGGGCUCUGCCUGACAGGCUCCCAAGCCCUACAGUGCUACAGCUUUGAGCACACCUACUUCGGGCCCUUCGACCUCAGCGCCAUGACAUUUCCCAGUGUCUCCUGCCCCCAGGGGUGCUCUGAGGCGAUGCUGUUGCUGGAUACUGGGUACCGCUCCCUGGUGACAAUUGUCCGGAAGGGAUGCUGGACCGGCCCCACCACUGGCCCCAUGCAGUCCAACCAGGAUGCGCUGCCUCCGGACUACGCGGUGGUCCGCGGCUGCGCAACAGACUUCUGCAACACCCAACUCAAGAACCACGAUAGCCUCCCCAACCUGAGCCAAGCACCUGACCCGCCGACGCUCAGUGGCACCGAGUGCUAUGCCUGCUUGGGGACCCGCCCCGAAGACUGCUCCCCUGAGAGGUCCCGACGAGUCCAGUGCCACCAGGACCAGAGCGUCUGUUUCCAGGGCAACGGCCAGAUGAACAUUGGCAACUUCUCAGUGCCCGUGUACAUCCGGACCUGCCACCGGCCCUCCUGCACCACCAUGGGCACCAUCAGCCCCUGGACGUCCAUCGACCUUCAGGGCUACUGCUGCGAGGGCCACCUCUGCAACAGGGACUCGGUGACACAGACCCUCCCCGGCGUCACGUCCCCGGCCCCUCCCCGGGCUCCCCGAAUCCUGACCCUGCUGCUUGUGGCUCCACUACUGGCCAUCGCUCUGGGGGGCCCCCUUGGGCUCACCGCGUAGACAGCGCCUCCAGCAUCGUCUCGCUUCUCACCACUCCAGCCCCUUUUUAAAGAUGGCGUCAAAAUAAGAGCCUCACUCCCGUCCCCCCAGCCACAACCUUCACCCCUCUACCCAUCCUUCCUGGCCCCACUGGGAACCAAUCAGUACACUGAGUGAGGCCCCUCAAAAUCCACCCCUGCCCAUCAUGCCUUCAACACGUGAGCCUUUUGUGAUACCUCGCAGCCAAAUCACACCACUCACCUUACAAACCCAUUUCUCACAAGGGUGGUGGCAAUCCCAGCACCCAAGGGGCUGAGGCAGGAGGAUCACUACUUCAAGGCCAAGCUGGACCACACUGCAAGUUGAGGUGGGCUACACUGUGAGACUCUGUCAGGCAGUGGUGGCUCACACCUUUAAUCUCAGCGCUCUGGAGGCAGAUGUACGU